AAAAUAUCCGGAGGUAUUCCGUUACUACCGCACGUGUACGUCCUUCUUCCUUCGCUGUCCUCUCCUUACUCUUCAUAUUUUUACUUUUAAAGGUCAAUAUGCCCAUCAACACGGCAAAACUAGCCAAGAUCCAGCAACAAAGCGAGAAGGCUCGUCUUGGAGGCAAAGGGACACAGAGAAGAAAGAGAAAGGUUGUUCACAAGACAGCAACUGAUGAUAAGAAGCUACAGAACACAUUAAAGCGUCUCUCGGUGAACUCCAUACAGGCAGUAGAGGAGGUCAAUAUGAUCAAGGAUGACGGAUAUGUGAUUCAUUUUGUGAAUCCUAAAGUGCAAGCAUCUCUGGCUGCUAAUACAUUUGCCAUCACUGGAAACUGUGAGCAGAAAUCAUUGACUGAACUGCUACCUGGCAUCUUUAACCAACUGGGUGCUGAUAGUCUUGCUCAUUUCCAGAAGUUGGCCCAGAGUUUCCCGACCCAGGAGAGCUGCAGUGGAGGAGAGGGCGGAGCCUCAGGAGGAGAUCACCUUCCUGAUAUUGAUGAGGAUGAAGUACCAACUCUUGUUGGUAAUUUUGAUGAUCCUUCAAAAUCAGAAGUUUAGCCAGCCUAACUCUUUACUGUACAAGUGGUGUGAUUAAUUUCUUGCAUAUUGACUGUUAUUAUUAUUAUUAUUAUUAUUAUUAUUUUGUUACUAAACUACGUUCACAACAAUUGUAGCUCUCGGCUACUAAUUAAC